GUCGUCAGGGAGCCAGAGAGUGAACUGAGGAAAGAGACAAAGCCUUAACCGCCACCUCAGAACACUGGCCAGGUGCACUGAGUUGCCUAAUCAAAGCCCCGUCCCCCAAUCAGCUCAUGAUGAGGAAAGAGGCAGGAGUGGCCAGCACAGGCCCUGCAAGAACUCUACAGGGGCUGUGACAUUGUACUUUGGUUUAAGAAACACGUUAGCAAAUGAUUUAUUUUUACAAAUAUAUCAUUUGUCUUCUUUUAGCUGACCAUUAACCAAUGGAAGAAACAAAAUCAGGACACCAACAUUCGAGUGCUUUGCGAUAUUUUCUCUUUUUCUCCGAGCUUCACCCCAAAUUGGAAGCGUUGCAUCUUUAUUUUUUUUCUAAGAUGAAGUUUGAGAAUAUAUUGGCAGAGGUGAAUGGCUUUGGGAAAUACCAAUUAAGGACAAUGCUCUUGAUGACAAUUGCUCGUAUGACUUUGCCUUUUCACUUUUUAUUGAAUAAUUUCAUUGCGGUUAUUCCUUCUCACCACUGCGACAUCAGCUCUCUGGACAAGAAAGGUGCAUUUAGGGAUCUAUCCCAGGCAGAGAGGCUUAUUGUUAGUAUUCCAGUUCAGGAGGAUGGGACUCCAAGCUCCUGCCAAAUGUUUGCAGAGCCUCAGUAUCAUCUGCUGCUCAACUCCUCUAACAUUACUGACCUACUCACGGUGCCAUGCCAGAAUGGAUGGGUGUACGAUAACACCACCUACAAAUCUACUCUGGCAACAGAGUGGGAUCUGGUUUGUGACAUGAGAAGAGUGAACAGAGCCACAGCCACUAUCUUCUUCAUAGGGGUCAUGGUUGGAGCAGCGGUAUUCGGUUAUCUUAGUGACAGGUUUGGCAGGAAAAGAGCACUUCUGGUGUCUUAUGUGAUAACCGCUUUCUUUGGAUUUGCAAGUGCUUUAUCAUAUAAUUUUGCCAUGUUUGCUGCCAUGAGGUUCUUUACUGGAUUUGGUAUUUCUGGAAUAAGUAUAAUCACCAUAACCCUUGCCAUUGAAUGGCUCGACAUUAAGCAUCGCACCACAGGGGCCAUUUUACUGAGCAUGGACUGGUGUGUUUUUGCUACUGUGCUACCUGCUGUGGCAUAUUUUGUGAAGGACUGGAGGCACCUGACUGCCACAGUAACCGCCCCGUUGCUUCUGGCCAUGAUCGCUUGGUGGUGGAUCCCUGAGUCUGCCAGAUGGCUGAUGGCUAAUGGAAAGCUGAACAGUGCUCAUUCUUACCUGAGCAAGUGUGCAAAAGUCAAUGGCAGAGAGCAAUUCAUGACUGACGUGACGACUGAGGUUCUGUCCAAAGUAAUUCUUGUAGAAGAUGACAACAGAAAAUAUACAUAUUUGGACCUUGUAAGGACCCCGAUAAUUAGAAGACGGGCUCUUCUUGGAGCCAUUGUGUGGUUUGGAGUGGCCUGUACGUAUUAUGGAAUCGGCUUGAAUAUCACUGGCUUUGGUGUGGAUAUUUAUCUCACACAGUUCAUCUACGGCAUUAGUGAAAUUCCAGCAAAAAUGUUCGUCUUCUUCACUGUGGACAAAAUUGGCCGACGGUUCACUCAGGCUGGAACACUUUUUCUGACUGGGCUGUGUUUAUUCUGCAACAUGUUUAUCCCUCAAGAUAUGGGGCCGUUUCGGACAGGUGUGGCAGCUCUGGGCAAAAUGUUCGCAGAGGCGGCUUUUACAACUGUAUUUCUCUACACGGCAGAGCUUUUCCCCACGGUAUUGAGACAAAAUGGAUUGGGUUUCUGUUCCUUCAUGGCCCGUAUAGGUGUGUCUGUGUCCCCCCUGAUCAUAAUUCUUGAAGAAGUGUGGGGCCAUUUACCGAGUACUAUUUUCUCCGUGGUGUCUCUUGCUGGAGGGCUGUCAGCUUCAUUUCUUCCUGAGACAAAAAAUAUCCGUCUACCAGAGACGAUCGAGGAUGUGGAGCAGACAAGACGAAGAUCAAUCUCUGCGUCUAGUCUGUACAGGCGUGGGCGAUUGAGGAAGAAAUUUCAAAGGAAGACAUUUUGCACACAUUGGGAAGACACAAUGAGGUUCGAGAACAUUCUUGAUGAUAUUAAUGGAUUUGGAAGAUUUCAGAAAAUUAUCAUUGUGAUCAACUUCAUUGGCCGCUUUACAAUGCCCUGCCACUUCAUGCUGAACAACUUCAUAGCCGCUGUUCCCUCUCAUCACUGCGACAUCAGCUCUCUGGAUGACGGAGGUGUUUUUAGCAAUUUAUCUCAAGCCGAGAAGCUUGUUGUUGGUAUUCCAGUCAAUGAGGAUGGGACUCCAAGCUCCUGUAAAAUGUUUGCAGAGCCUCAGUAUCAUCUGCUGUUCAACUCUUCCAACAUUACUGAACUACCGACAGUGUCGUGCCAGACUGGAUGGGUGUACGAUAACACCACCUUCAAGUCUACGCUGACCUCAGAGUGGGACCUGGUGUGUCACAGAAGAGGGAAAAACAAAGCAACUGCUACCAUCUUCUUUGUUGGAGUGAUGUUCGGAGCCAUGUCCUUUGGAAGUCUAAGUGACAGGUUUGGCCGAAGGAUCAUGCUUCUGGUGUCAUAUGUGUCUGGAAUGAUUUUCGCAGUUGCAAGUGCUUUUUCAACGUCCUACAUCAUGUUCGCAGUGCUGAGGUUCUUCACUGGGUUUUGUAUCACUGGCAUCGUCAUUGUCUCAACAGUCCUCAGCAUGGAGUGGGUGGACAUUAAACACAGAAAGCUGGUAGGAGUGAUCGACAGCUUAUCGUGGACUUUCGGGAACACUGUAUUUGCGGUCAUUGCUUACUUUGUGACUGACUGGCGGUGGCUAAUUGUUACAGUCACCUCACCGGUAACCUUGGGCAUUGUCACAUGGAGGUGGAUGCCAGAGUCAGCAAGGUGGCUCAUUGCCAACGGAAAGCUGGAGCGAGCUCAGAUGUAUUUGAAGAAAUGUGCCAAGAUGAACCAAACAGAGGAGUUAAUUGACACUCUUAAAGUAGAGACAUUGUCUACCAUUGUUGUGACUGAGAAAAGAGAUCGGACCUAUUCCUACCUCGAUCUGAUACGGACACCCAAAAUGAGGAAACUGGCCCUACGUACUGGUAUACUGUGGUUUUGUGUUGCAACUACAUUUUAUGGCAUCAGCUUCAACAUUGCAGGCUUUGGGCUCAAUAUCUAUCUCACUCAAUUUGUCUAUGCUGUAAUUGAGCUCCCAGCCAAAGUGUCAGUUUAUUUCUUACUGGAUGGGAUAGGCAGACGAUCCACUGAGGUGGGAGCUCUGCUGAUGGCUUUUGUCUGUCUUGGGAUCAACAUUGUAGUACCUAAAGACAUGUCUGUUGCCAGAACAGUAGUAGCAGUUAUUGGAAAAGGGUUUUCUUCAGCAUCCUUUGCAACCGUUGUACUCUACAGUUCUGAGCUCUACCCCACUGUAGUAAGGCAGAACGGUAUGGGAUACAACUCCUUCAUGGCUCGAUUUGGCGUAGCUGUGGCUCCUUUGAUUCUCUUACUGGACGAGGUGUGGAAGGAACUGCCCCAGGUUGUCCUGUGCGGUACGGCUGUACUGGGGGCAACAGUGGCAAGAACGUUGUCAGAGACACGCAACCGGUGCCUGCCAGAGACUAUAGAGGAUAUUGAACAGCAGUGGUAGUGAACAUAG